UAUUCAACCAGACUUCCCCUUUCUUCGUGUUUCAGGGGUCACAUCUAUGCAGCAUCCCGAUGCGGCAUCUUGUAGAAAGGAUGGCUCGACUUGAAUAGCCCCUUUCCCCGGCCUAAUCAACAGAAGAAAAAGAAAUGAAAAGACUGACAGCGGAGGAGUCUUAAAAGCUUAUCUGCGUGAGAAACAGGCAGGAACAAAAAGAAAGACUAGAAUAAGCUGGAAUCAGCACCUCAAUCUGCUGACCAGAGGGAUUCUGCCGGCAAGCAUAUGAAAAGAGGAAGGCAGUUGUUUCAUACCCUGAAUAUUCUCUCCAAGAAAACUCUGCAGAUGUAGCAGCUACAAGAGAAAGGGGAGGGAUAGGGGAGGCUCCAGUUGUAGGAACAGGCCCUCCCUGCCAAGCCGUCACUGCCGGCAGCCGCCCUUCCUGGCUUUGCAAAGAAAACAGCCCAUCCGGUCUUUUUCAGCAGCUGCCCUGCAGGCACAAAGAAGCCUGGGAUCUCCCCUUUUCUCUUUCUUUUGUCUCAUGGAAUACGCCAGCUCACCAGCUUUGGGGCCCUACUGCUGCUCCGCGGAAGACGUCUGUCGAGCUGGACUGGGCUGGGCUAAUCAAGGCGGCUGCCAACAGCACCAUUGUUGAUAUACAGCCAGGGCCUUUUGCCUCCAAUCCGCCCAAAGCAACGUCAGUGACAAUAGCAUAGUCAACCUCAAGGUUGUGCUGCCACCACCUGAGCUUCCAGGCCAUGUUUCCACAGCCCCUCGUGCCUCUAGUGACAAGAGGCAAAGAGAUGGGAGUGCCUUCUGUGCGUCGGACCACACUGUCUGCCAAGAUCCGCUCACGUGGUUCCAGUGGCACUAUGCUGCUGCCUUCCAUGUUGAUGUUUGGUGUAAUUGUGGCAUCUAGUGGCCUACUCCUCAUGAUUGAGAAGGGGAUUUUGGCUGAAGUGAAGCCUCCACCCCUCCACCCCUCUAACAGAGAGCUUUUCUGGAGAAGAACUGGCAGUAGAACAGCAGGAGAUGUGGAUUACCAAGUGCUGCAGGACAUCCGAAAUAGGACAAUCCAUACCAUGUGCAGACAAAAAAACAUGCCUCGCACCAUUUGGGAUCUGUCAGCAGGCCAGAGGAGGACAGCGCUCAAACACAUCCUGGUUAGUGACAAACACCGCUUUUUAUACUGUUAUGUACCCAAAGUGGCUUGCUCCAACUGGAAACGAAUUCUGAAAGUUUUAGAUGGUGCGUUGGAGAACGUAGAUGUUAAACUUAAAAUGGAUCACAAAAGAGAUUUAGUUUUCCUAAAUGACAUGAAGCCAGAUGAGAUACGUUACCGACUAAACCACUAUUUCAAAUUUAUAUUUGUCAGAGACCCAAUGGAAAGACUUUUGUCUGCUUACAGGAAUAAAUUUGGUGAGAUUAAAGAAUACCAGUUAAAAUAUGGUGUGGAAAUAGUCAAAAGAUAUAGGAAAAACCCUGGAAAAAGCCUGGGUGAUGAUGUUACCUUUUCUGAAUUUCUCCAGUAUCUUAUAGAUGAAGAGACAGAAAAAAUGAAUGAACAUUGGAUGCCAAUUUACAACUUGUGUCAACCCUGUGCUAUAAAGUAUGAUUUCAUUGGAUCCUAUGGCAGACUGGAAGAAGAUGCCAAUUUUGUUCUUGAAAGGGUACAAGCACCAUCUUUUAUACGUUUCCCAGAAAGACAAGCAUGGUACAAGCCUGUAACUCCUGAAACUCUGCAUUAUUACAUGUGUAAUACUCCAAGAGAACUUAUAAAAGAGCUAUUACCAAAAUAUAUUCUGGAUUUCUCUUUAUUUGCGUAUUCCCUUCCAAAUGUUACUAGUGAGUUUUGCAGACAAUGAACUGUUUCUAUAGUGAAGCAAACGCUAUCCUAUGCAGUUUUUCUAAUUUUAUAGUUUCCUUUUAAUACUUUUGAUAUAUAAUGAUUUACUAUAUAUGCUAUCUUUACAUGAAAAUAGCUUUAAUUUUUAUACUAUAUAUAUACAUGCCGCUGAAUUAAGCACAAUAUGUUUAUUUGAAUAGUGUUAUUUUUGUAUAUUUUAGGAACAAGGCAUUUUUGUAGUUACCAGAAUAGCAACUGCAGGACAGUAAAGUUUGGGGAAGAUUGUAAAACAGCAGGAGGAACAGAAAUCAAUACUGUAGCAAAAACAAGGCUUGUGCAGAGGGCUCAGAAGAACAUGCAUGGUGUGUACCAUGUCUCUCUCAUCAGUAUGAAUGUGAGGGCAGCAGUUUGGUACAAUGUUGUAUUAAAAUACAGUGACAUGGGAUUUUUAAGUUGGUUAAUGUAUCUAUUAAGGUAGGUAGCAGCCCUAUAUUAUUUGAAAGUAAGUCACAUUGUUUGUUAGACAUGCUUCUAGAUAACAAGCAGAAAAUCAGGAUUUAAAUCGAAUACAAUUUAUUUUAUAUAUUGGUUUAAUAUAUUCACCGAAGCUUAUCCGAGCACUGAAAUAUGGGGAAGGCCAUUAAUAUAGCUGGUCUACAUGAUCAGCAAAACAAUUUGAUUACCUAAAAUUCAGAGUACUGUUUUCACAUUGUUUUGAGGUAAUAAACAGGAAGGGUGUAGGUAUGAGUUGGUGUGUAGAAUUCAAAUAAUUUAUAGCUAUAUCUACUUUAGGUUCCCAUAACAGACUUUGUAUUUUUCUUACUGUGAUAGUUUUGUAGGCCUCCAUGAUAUAUUUUUAUUUCCUCCAUGAAUAUAUAUGUGGGUGUGCUUUAUUUGUGAAAUAAAAUAUCUUUUGUAAUCUUUUGUCAAAAUAUACCUGUUAUAAUUUUUUAGCUAAAUUUUUCAGGUCAUUUGUUAAAUUUUGAUUAUCUACCUGCAUACUAGAUAGUAUAUGGCAUCUCAUCAUCAUGGCUUCAUUCAUUAGAAAGAAUGAAGCAAUCUACCUCUGCAGUGCAUGAGGGCUGCAGACUGGACAGAGUUCUGUGUAUCACAUAAAUGGCCAUUGCCACAGAAACAAGACUAUUGUUGGAUAUAGUAGAGGAUACUGUACCAAAUAAGAUUCAACACUUUGUGGAUGGAAUGGAGGAGGAUUGCCAUCUUUUGCCUCAAGCAAGAAAAAGUCUAGGACCAACAAACCCAAUAGCUUUAAUUUUCAGGUGUUUGUACAUUCUUUCCAUUUUAAUAAAUGUGUAUG